CAUUACACCUGCUGCUCUUGUAGCUUCCGAAGUUGACAAACCGUGGAAUAAUAAUAAAGGCAUUUCUUUGAUAGUUGCUCGGAACCUCUUAUGUGGGAACUUGUACUACUAUGUUGUGGUCACCAUCAGGAUUCCGUUGUCAGUCUUGUUAUUAUCGAUGUGAGCAAUGUGUCUGUGCGUGUGAGAUGGACGGCUGGAAGAGUACCAAUGAAGCCCUUUCUACAGAUCCAGGGAUGUGAUUGUCUUGUUCAUCCAUAUCACGAGAUUGGGUCAAGUGCGGGGAGGGAGGCCUUUGCUGGUCAAGCGCGGGGAGUGUCGUGGAGGCUGGGAGGCAUUGGCAGAAUACGUGCUGUGAGGUCUUCUUUCCUCGCCUGUGUCCAGAGGGGAGCACCCCUGUUGGUUACCAUUGUUAGGAGUGACUAUUUGUUCAAUGUGUUUAAUGUCAAAUAUGGAGUUGUAUGGCAGGUGGCAUGCCUGAGUCCGUGGAUUGCACUGUUUACUAUGGCAACAAGUUGAAAUACUGGUUGACAACAAGUUCUGGGUUUGAUCCCAACGAGU